GAGGUUUUGCGCAUGUCUGUUGUCACUUCCGCGUUCCACUCAUAGCAACAGCAGCAGAGCCAAAAUGGCACCCGGCAGAGAUCCUGCGUGACACCGAACCGACUAACAGGCUGAAAGCAGCGUUCGGUAGCGGCAUGGCCUCGGCUCAAGCUCGGUUGGGUCAGCAGGUGCUGGCUGUACUCGAUGUGGCUCUGCGAGUUCCGAGCAUCUUCAUCAUUGACGCGAUAUUUAACUCGAACUCUGAUCCCGGGAGCGCGCUCAUCCGCGCGUUAGGGAUUUUGGUGUCCGGUGUGGUUCUGGUUCUGUCUCAGAAGUCCCUCUUGAGGUUCUACUCUCUCUUGUCAGCCCUUAUGCUGGGAGCCGCGUCGGUUCUUGUGAAUUAUUAUGGCACGGGAUCUCAUGUGGACUUCUACAGCGCUUACGAGGCGGUGGCUCCGGGCUUCGGUCUGCUGCCUCUCAGCGGUCCCACGCUGUGGCUGGGAUUGGCAGCCCUGCAGCUGCUUUUCGGCCUGGGCUACGUAGCGCUGCUCGACGUGCGGCCGCCGUGCGCCUUCCUGGUGCUCCUGGACGUCACGGCUCCUCUGUGGGGACUCGUCAUGGAUUGUCCGGCAGACGUUAGGCGGCUGGUCGCCGGCGUAUCCGGACUGCUCUUGGCUGCGCACGCCGCCGUCAGCCUCCUGCUGAAACUCAAGCGGUUUUAUUACUCGUGCCGCUACGUUCACCUGCUGCUGCGACACAUGUACAGGAUCUAUGGCCUGCAGCUGCUGCUGGAAGACACCUGGAAGCGGAUCCGAUUCCCUGACAUCCUGCGAGUUUUCUGGCUGACGCGUGUGACGGCGCAGGCCGUGGUCCUGGUGUACGUAGUGAGGGCGGUGCGGUCGGAGAGCGGCCUCGAGUUGACCUGGGACGUGUUCUGGGACUUGUUUAGCAACCUGAUCAUCAGCGGCUGCGACUCAACGCUCACCGUGCUGGGCAUGAGCGCCGUCAUCUCGUCUUUGGCUCACUACCUGGGCCUGAGCAUCCUGGCCUUCAUUGGUUCCACCGAAGAGGAGGACAAGAGACUGGGCUUCGUGGCGCCGGUUCUGUUCUUCAUCCUGGCCCUGCAGACGGGCCUGAGUGGCCUGAAGCCAGAGGACCGCUUGGUCCGGCUCAGCCGAAACAUGUGCCUUCUGCUUACGGCCGUUUUGCAUUUCAUCCACGGCAUGACGGACCCAGUGCUCAUGUCGCUGAGUGCCUCGCACGUUUCCUCGGCCCGCAGGCACGCGCCCGCACUGCUGGUGUCUCUGGUGCUCCUAUUGCUGCCCAUCCUGCUGAGUUAUUUCCUGUGGCAUCACCACGUCCUCAACACCUGGCUGUUCGCAGUCACUGCCUUUUGCGUGGAGCUCUGCCUGAAGGUGCUGGUGUCUCUCACCGUCUACGCGCUGUUCAUGAUCGACGGCUUCUACAACGUCCUGUGGGAGAAGCUGGACGACUACGUCUACUACGUUCGUUCGGCGGGUAACGUCAUAGAGUUCGUCUUUGGCGUGAUCAUGUUCGGUAACGGCGCUUACACCAUGAUGUUUGAGGGAAGCAAAAUCCGCGCUUGCAUGAUGUGCCUUCACGCCUAUUUCAACAUCUACCUGCAGGCCAAGAACGGCUGGAAGACCUUCAUCAACCGCCGGACAGCCGUCAAGAAGAUCAACUCACUGCCGGAGGUCAAAGGAGCUCGUCUAAGAGAAAUCCAGGACGUUUGCGCCAUCUGCUACCAGGAGUUCACCACCUCGGCGCGCAUCACGCCCUGCCACCAUUAUUUCCACGCGCUCUGCCUUCGCAAGUGGCUCUACAUCCAGGACACGUGUCCCAUGUGCCAUCAGCGCGUCUAUAUCGAGGAUGACAGCCGCGAGCAUGCGGCUUUCUCCAACAACAACGGAUACGCCGCACCAGGGAGGGACCGGGCGGAGUUCGAGGAUGUGGCCGGGGCAGAUGCGCCCGUGGCAGACGCGCACGAAGGGGUUGAGCCCGAAAACGAACUCUUGGAGGACAACGACAGCAUCGAGUACGACGAGGAGGAGUGGGGCACGCAGACCGGCCUGACGCAGAUAGAAGAGGAUUACAUCAACGAUGACACUGACUCGAAUUGAGCAAAGCGCAUUUGAUCAGAGAUGUCGUCUCGUUUUCUUUCUCUGUGUUGGUAAAAGGGCCGAAGUGUUACAAGGGGACACUCGUUUCUCUCCGGACGGCUCUGAAGGGAUGUUUGGAUAUUUAAGUGUAAAUGAUAGAGAGUGAUAGCUACUGUAAUAUCAGUUUACCUCGAUAUGAUCACUACUGGUCUCUUGUGUGACCUUCCUUAUAAUUGUGUACAUUAUUGUACAUGUCAAUGUAAAAAAGAUUGAUCCACUGGUGUAGAGAAACGCAGCGAGGAGUCUUCAGUAUCGAUUAUCACACGGUGUUGUCGCUUUAUGACCCUGACACACGCAGCAUUUUAAAAGACAGCUCCGCAGAAUCUGACUGUCCUGUCGUGAGCGCCGGCUUAAAGCUCAAACCGGUUUUGUGUUGCUUUGAUUUUGGCUAAAAUGAUUGAUUUGCCAAGUAAACUAAUGUAUAGAAAUUAUCUGCCUUAGUUCUUGGUGUAAAUAAAAUAAUUAGAUGAAGUUUUUAAGUUUUUCCUUCUUUAUGCAUAUGACAAAGAAUUCCCUCAGCAUUUCAUCAUUCAUCCUAACACGAAUGUUGGUCUCCAACGUUGUUCCUGGAGGGCAACUGUCCUGCAUAUAUUUGCCUUCGGAGGUCGCAUAUACAAACUGCAUAGUUAUCAAGCCUGAGCAUUACAUUCAAAAGUCAUAAACAUAUUACAACAAUUUAAGAUGAAAUUAAUUUUCUGAAAUAAAAUCUCUUGAUGAUGUAUGCAGAAUGCGACCUUCGGAGGCUGCAGCUUUCUGAUUGAGGAAUGGCCCUAGUUUCGGUCCUACUCCUACACCCCGCCUGUAAUAUUAAGUUAGCCCUGAACAACUUGAUAAGCAGGUUCAGGUUGGACAGGAGCCCUCCAGGAACAAUGUUGGAGACCCAUGGGUUAAAGGUUUGAAAUCACAAUCAAAGUUCUGUUGAAAUAAGUUUGCUGUAAUGCUUGAGUUAUGACGUCUGUUAGUUUAAGAUCUUCAGGUGGAUUAAACAAAUCAGCUCAAGUUUAUUAACUCAUCUUUUGUCCUGUGUGAAUCUGAAGAUGUCUGUUUCUCUCACUGUUAUUAAAGAAGUUCAGUCAUUUCUAUCAUAACUGUACAGAAAUAAUCCUAUAAAUUAUUAUAAACACGAAUGAUGAAACAGCAUUAUUCAUGCUUAUUGAUGUCAAUUAUUUCUUAAAGCAUACAUUUCUUUUUAAGGAAAAUAUUUCUCUGUGAUUGCAAACUACUGAAUGUAAAUAUAUUCAUGUUAAAUCUAAAUAUAUAUAUAUAUAUAUAUACAGUCAUGCUCAGGAUUAUUGGCAUCCUUGGUAAAUAUAAACAAAGAAAGCUGUAAAAAUACAUGUGCUUUGUGAAUCAUUUUGAUCUUUUAGUAAAAUAAAUCACAAAACAUUUAACUGUUCAUUGAUGUAAAAGAAUUGAAAAUCUCACUAUGAAAUCCACAAUAAUCCUGAUCCUGAUAUGAGUAUAUUCACAUUACAUGUAUUUAAUUCAUGUGUCAUCUAUGCAGAUAUUCAGGUCAAUUAUUUGAUGGUAGAAUUUACUUGAAUUGAAUCUUGAGCUAAAUCUCAACAAACACAAUCUACUUUAUAUAAACAUUAUAUGAUUAAAAACUUUCAGAACUCUUGGAUUGAAUAAAUCUCAGAUGUUUUGUGUAA